CCGUAAACGCAAGAUCCUUGAGAGUUUAUUGUAUUUGUCCAGAGCUUUGACAUUCGGCUUGUCAGCUUUUAAACUCGGCAAGUACUCGGCUUUCUCCGAAAUGUUAUUCCGAGGUUUCGGACUUCCGGUAGUCAACGGAUGACAAGUCAUAUCAGCGCAAAACAUCACGCAUUGCAAAGUAUCGGCUUGCCGGACACAAACUAGUCUUGAAACAAACUAAUGCCAUAUUUUCAUCUUUCUUCUUCAAGAUGAGCUGGGGAGUUGAUUUAUGGGAUCAAUUCGACCUUGUAGCGGCUCAUUCGGAGCGGGGAAUCGACUUGGUUAAACGGAUAUCCCGAUUUGCAAAAGAAAGAUGUCGUAUAGAAGCCGAAUAUGCAAAGGAAUUGAGAAAACUGGCAAAAUCAUUCCACACAAAAAAGAAACAUGAAGAUGAAUUACAGUACUCAUCACAUAAAGCAUUCUCUGAUGUUGUCAAAGAGACAGAUGACAAAGCAGGACAGCAUGAAUUGAUUGCUGAAAACAUGUCGGCUGAGAUCUAUAAGGAGCUACAUAAACUGCACUCUGAGCUGGAACAUGAAAAGCGUAAGCAUUGUAGUGAUGCAAAGAAAGAGCAGGACGACAUGGAUCACUCUAUGCGAGCCUUGGAUACUAGUAAGAAGGCGUAUGAAAAAGCAAAGUUUGAAGCAGAGCAAGCGUUGCAGGCAUAUCAGAAGGCAGAACAGGACUCAAACAUAGCCAAAGUACAAAUCGAAAAGCUUCGGGGAUCUCACAAAGAAAAGGGCCAAGCAGCCGAUCGGGCAAAGGAGGAGUAUCAAAACCAACUGCAGAUGACGAACAACAAACAGAUGCUUCACUACAAUACAGAUAUGCCAGCGAUUUUCGAUGAAAUCCAAAAGAUGGAAGAGAAACGAAUCGCUCGUGUGGGCGAGCUGUUGGUGCAUUAUUCAGAGGUUGAGUCCAAAGUGAUGCCGAUUCUUCAGAAGUGUCUGGAUAACAUCAAAACCAUUGGCGCCUCUGUUGACGGGCCCAAGGAUACAAUGCAGCUCAUCGAGCUGAACAAGACCGCUCUGACCCCCCCUGGGGAUAUACAGUUUGAAGAGUGCACACCCAGUCGACAAAAAGGUCCAUUGAUGAUUGACAGGAAAGCGAAGUUAGCUUCAUUCUGGAAAAAGCAUAAGGGAGGAAGUACAAGUGGUGGAAAUGACUUCCAAUCACUUCCCCCAGGCCAGAAAAUCCGCAUCUGCAAGAAAAAGGUCGACAAAUUCCAAGCGGAGUACACCAAACUUCAGACUUCCAGGGAUGGAAUGGUGAAAAUGGUAAGUGCGUUUCAGCAAAACCCUGCAAUGGGCGUCGACAUAGACAAGGUGGAGCAGGAGUUAGCUGACAACGCCCAACAGUUGGACAAAGUAGGAGAGGAGCUCUUUAAAUACCAGUCUUUCCUAGCAGCAUUAGAAAACAAACCAGUGCCGGACCCUCCCCCGAAGUAUUCGACUUCUGCGCCUGUACAGCCUCCCCCUGCCCCCACCCCUGUUGGCAGUACCCCUUCAGACCCACCCCCCGCCCCGAGUCUCCUCGUUGCUCCCCUUGAGGAAGAAGAUAUAGAAUUCGAUGAUGACCUACAUUGUACAGUUCUUUAUGAGUUUCAAGCGACAAACGACGGAGAAUUGUCAGUAACUGUAGGCGAAGACUUGCAAGUUCUGGAGAUGGACCUUGAUGAUAGUGGAUGGACAAAGGUUUUAAAGGGAGAGAGCGAGGGAUAUGUACCGACUGCAUAUCUGCAGAUCUUAGACUGAAAGCAACUACAAGUUGGCUGCAGAGCCGUAGCAGGCUCUGGGGGCACAAUAUAGAAACAUAAAGAAAAUAUUGGGGGGGCAUAGCCACGCCCCUCUGGUCAUUUCAAAAGUAUUCGGGGGGGGGGGGCACAUGCCCCCAGUGCCCCACCCCCAGCUACGGCCCUGGACUGUAAGUGGCCAUUGUGCUUGCACUGAGAGCAUAUAAUGGAGGUUUGUUAUCGCCCAAUGGAGAUAUUCAGGCUUUUGCUAUCCAGUCGAUUAUACUAGGAUGACAUUGAAGUCUUACAAUCAACUGAUAAACUUACGCAAACAAGCUGUCAAUGACGCACAAGCGUGAGACAAUCGAGCUCAAGAAAUUCAAGUCAGGGAAUUACCUAACGCGUGCGUCCUAACCAAGCCAAGAAAAAACCAAGAAAAACUUUACAGGCAAUGGCUCAGUAUAAUUGCUAUGUUAUAUUAGCGACUGCGUGAUGUUUAUUUUAAUACACUUAUCAAUGUGUGUGAUUGUACUAACUGAAAUACUGUUUUCAAAAUAAAUGCAUCAAGCUAA